AUGGAAACACUAGGGAAAAAACAAAGGAACUUCAAUAAAAUUGUCCAAGAGGCAAUCAAAGAUGCCAAACCAUUGGAAGACAUCAAUUACAAUGAAUCAGAUAUAGACAAUCUAUUGAAAGUGGAAGUUGCAUGCUAUACUAGGAAUAUAGAUUAUUUACUAAAAGUGUUCAAGUGCGAAGACAUGCUAUAUAUUUCCAGAGCAAUCAAACACUCCACUUGGUUAGUUAAAGAUCCCCAAUAUGUCCAUAUUAUUAACCCACAUUACUUACACAGCCAACUAUUUCCAUACAUGCUGACCGAAGCUAGGAAUAAACUCCUUCUUCAUAUUCGAUUGAACCUAAAAGAUCUUACUCAAAAUGAAGAGUUCUUUAAGUAUUUAGUUGAUAUAGAUUUAAAUGCUGCGAUGAAAUGGUUUCCAAAUUGUUCAAUUCCCUUUAUUUUGUCACGAUUAGAACAAGACAUUUACAGAAUACCUGAUAAUGUCCUAUUACGACUCUUAUGGACUACAAUGGAACCAUUACGAAUUUAUGUGAACAAUGUAUAUUGGAAAAAGCCUAUGCUUGAAAAAGCUAUGUUUAUAAUAAGCACACAUGGUGAAGAAUACUUUAAUAUCUUAGAUACUGUAGAUACUAAUCAAAUACCAAUUUUUAAUAGAAAAUAUACAAAAGUUACUAUGAAAACAUGUCCACGCCGGCUUGUUUAUAGUUUUAAUAGAUAUAUAAACUUUAUAGAUAAAGUAACUUUUGCAAAAUACAUUAAGAACCAAGAUUUUCAGUACUUAUUAAAUAAUGUUGGUGAGAAAAAAUUGGAACAUAUAGUCCCAGAGACACUAAGAAAUAUAAUUCUAAAACAGCAUGAUCAAGACAGACUGAUAAAACAACUAUUAGAGUGCAGACCUGAUGAUAUUGAAAUUCUUAAAGAUUUACUUCAAAAACUACAUCAUUGUAACUUUAUAAAUGAAUCAAAGAAAUUUACCUUACAAAUUAUCAAUAUUGUUAUCAUGAAGUUUUGUACGCACAGAUUUGAUAAUGAGACAUGGUGUAUGUUGAAUACAAUUUUUACUAGCAUUGGAGUUUAUCAGUCACAUAAAAAACAUUUUCAUAAUUGCAUAAAAUCCAUAAUACUGUACAAAAUAAUACACAAUGAGGAUAUACCUGACGUGUUGCUUCCUUUUCUACAAGAACUAAAUACUUUGAAACUUGAGAAAAGCAAAUUUACCGAGGAAGAAAAGGAAAUAGUUUUUGACUAUAUGUAUAGCCUCGCAUUUAAUCGCGUUAUAUCAAUUACAGGUAAUGAUAAGGUACAGGAAAAUUUAGAAACACUUUUAGUUUUGUUUCAUGUGUGGGAAAAAAAUUUGCAAGGUUAUCCAUUAGUUGUAAAAAAGGUUCAAGAAUUAUUAGAAUCCAUAAAGCCAUGUGAUGUCGAAGCUAUAAAAACAUUGUACAAAAACAAAAUUUGGCGAAAAUUUGUUUUGAAUAAAUUAUUUAUAAUGAAUCCAUCUGAAAACGCGUGUAUAGAAGCUUUGAAACAUGAUCCAUGCUUAUUGCAACACAAUGACGAAGUUAUUAUUAACUUGUGUUCACAAAAUAAAGAAACGUUGACGAAAUUUUUCAGCACUCUGCGAAUAUUUUGGUCAAAUUCUCUAGCAAAAGACUACAAAGAAAAACUUAUUGGGCAAUUAACCACAAAACCAUCCAACUCGUUAUAUAAACUUUUAACUAGACAAGAAGUAUUAGAAUUGGUGAAAAUUAAUAUGAAUAAUGAUGAUCAGAUUCAAUUGGAUACACUUAAGAGCACGGGAAAGCCCAGACAUAUAGCUCAAAAUAUGUAUAGAACGCGACCAAAGCCACCAAUAGACAUGGUGCUAUCGUACGGCGCAGGCGCUUAUUUGCACGACGCACUAUCAUCUAUUAAAGCGGUACUGCAUAGUCUCCCAGCUCAACGAACAGAAAUAAUUAUUAAAAUACAAGAAUGGCCAGAAUUCAUACAAAAACUAUAUGUAUUACAAACAUUUACAAAAUAUAACAAACAUGACAGAAAAAAGAUAAUUUCCGCCAUUUGGACCAAUACAAAAUCUAGCUCGGUGCGUGCUGAUAUUUUUAAAAGGUCGUAUAAAGCUCUGACUAAAUUUAAUAAAAAUGAUAUGAACAGCAAUGAAUCGUACAACGACAGUGUCGAAGAGGAAUGGCGUCAUUUAAAACUAUUAAUAGAAAGUUUGACCGACCACGAAAGUGUGAUCGUCUAUAAUUUGCUUAGCCGGUUUGAAAAGGUACCGUUUGCAGUACGGCGUGAAUAUUGCGUCAUUGGUUAUAACUUUUUAAAACGUUUACCCCUAAGGAACAAUUGCCGGCGUUUCAUGAACAACAUUGUAUCUAAAAUAGAGUACAAUAAGGUGAUGUCGUAUCUAGAAUUAGAUGUUAUAGCAGAAAUGGUUCACGACACCAUAAUCAAACGGCUGUGGACCGAAAAAUUAGAUUGGACGUUCAUGAAAAUGUUAUUUGCAUGUGUGUCAUCACAGACCGACACAGAAAAACAAACUGAAGCUUUUACCAAAGUGCUAAAUCCUGUUUUGGAGUGCGCUUUCAAACUGUGGGACACUAAAGUUCACGGCAUUUUUAUGGUGCGGUAUAACAUGAACGGCCUUUUUUCACAAGUAGUUUACUCGUACAAAGACAUGUUAAAAAGAAAAAGUACAACAAUACUCGAUCUACUAUUAAACAGUUUAGAACCCAACUUGCCCCACAAUUACGUUAUCAUAACAAAUUUUAAGCUAGCAAGAAGGUUUUUCGAUAUAUUAUCGAAUUGUAACAAGAUUUUACGUAAAAAACUUUACGAGAAGACAACUUUGGAUCUAGGCCAGAUUUGUAUUGAAAUUUUUUGUGAAGAUGUAAAAAAGCAUUCGCAGAAUAUAUGGCGGUCCUUCUUUCACGCGUGGCAGAUGAUGCUUAGCGGAUUCGGACUAAAUAAGCGGACGCAGUAUAAAAUUGACAAUAAAAUGUUAGACUUAGCGGAAAACCUAUCGACAGAUUUAAAUAUAUUACUUCAUGUACUUGUAGUGGAGCAUAUUUAUUAUAUUCAAUACGAGAAGGAAGAUAAAAAGGGAAGAAAAGAAUUACGUGACAGAAUCGCGAGGCACCCGUCAGCAGAAGUCAAAGCGAACGUGUCGAAGUUGUGUAUGACUGACGGUUGCAACAUACCAUACUUCUCUUACUUCUACAAUUUGGGAUAA